AUGGCACUUGAUUUUAUAAGAGAAACAUCAGAGAAUUAUUUCACUUGUUACAAUGGCAAUAAAUUUAACGUAGCAAAUGAAGGGAUUAUAUACAGAUUUCUUGAGGAACCCUCAUUGCUCUUCCUUGGAUGUUACUGCACUGAAAACAAUAUGUUGUUUUUCUUCAAUGAUGUUGUUUCUAUUAUUGAGCAUUCACCAUGUCUGGUCUACCUGAAAAUUCAGCCAGGCAUACUUGAUUCAUCCAAUAUAAGAGACAUGGUGUUCACAACAUCCGUAGUUGGUUCAGUGCUGGAAAAUCUCUACCGUUGUUUGAAAGAGUUGUAUGCACCGUUGAUAAUGAAGGUUGGGGAUAAAGAACCCAUCUCCGAUCAAAGCGUUCAGACGGCUGUUGGUGAAUUAAUGUCCACUCUGUUUACAGAGUUAAAAGCAGCUCGCCAUGAUAAAGCCCUUAUCACAAAUGGACGGCCAACCGUCCCAUUUUGGCGUGCUUUUGCUCACUCACAGAGUCAAAAUGUUAUAUGA